CAGCGUAGGCAGCAGAGCCUCCCAGAUGGCUGAGUUGGAUCUGAUGGCUGCAGGUCCACUGCCCGGGGCCACCACUCACCCUCUAGCCCCUCUCAGCCCAGACUCUGGGUCGGCCAGCCUGGCAGAAGAAGAGGACGUCAGUUCCCUGGGAAGGCCCUGGGGGGAGACAGAUGGACAGGGCAGCAGCUCCACAGAGCAGGGAGCUCCUGACAGCAAGGGGGAAAAGGAGAUCCUGUGUGACUUCUGCCUGGGGACCAGCAGGGUGAAGGCGGUGAAGUCUUGUCUGACCUGCAUGGUGAAUUACUGCGAGGAGCACCUGCGGCCACACCAGGAGAAUAGCAAACUGCACAGCCAUCAGCUGACCGAGCCGGUGAAGGACUGUGACCUGCGCACCUGCCCUGCCCACCACAGCCCGCUGGUCUCCUUCUGCUGCCCUGAUCGGCAGUGCAUCUGUCAGGAGUGUGGCCAGGAGGAGCACAGGGGUCACACCACAGUCUCUCUGGAUGCAGCCCGCAGGGACAAGGAGGCUGAACUUCGGUGCACCGAGUUAGACCUGGAGCAGAAACUCAAGCUGAAUGAAAAUGCCAUCGCUAGGCUCCAAGCCAACAAUAAAUCUGUCUUGGUGUCGGUGUCAGAGGUGAAGGUGGUGGCCGAAGAGCAGUUUGGGGAACUCCUUGCUGCUGUGAGGAAAGCCCAGGCUGACGUGAUGCUCUUCUUGGAGGAGAAGGAGCAAGCUGCUCUCAGCCAGGCCAACAGCAUCAAGAGCCACCUGGAGUACAGGAGCGCAGAGAUGGUGAAGAGCAGGCAGGAGCUGGGGAGGAUAGCGGCCAUCAGCAACACGGUCCUGUUCCUGGAGGAGUACUGCAAGUUUAAGAAUGCUGGAGACAGCGCCUCCCCCAGUGUUUACAUAGGGCUAAAGGACAAGCUCUCGGGCAUCCGCAAGGUCAUCACGGACUCCUCUGUGCACUUAAUCCAGUUGCUGGAGAACUACAAGGACAAGCUCCAGGAGUUCGCCAAGGAAGAGGAGUACGACAUCAGAACUCAAGUAUCUGCCGUGGUUCAGCACAAAUACCGGAUCUCAAAUCCUGAGCCCAGCACGAGGCAACAGUUCCUCCAGUAUGCGCAUGACAUCACGUUUGACCAGGACACGGCCCACAGGUAUCUCCGGCUACAGGAGGACAACCGCAAGGUCACCAACACCACUCCCUGGGAGCAUCCCUACCUGGACCUUCCCAGCAGAUUCCUGCACUGGCGGCAGGUGCUGUCCCAGCAGAGUCUGUACCUGCACAGGUACUAUUUCGAGGUCGAGAUCUUUGGGGAAGGCAUCUAUGUUGGCCUGACCUGCACAGGCAUCGACCGGAAAGGGGCAGAGCGAAACAGUUGCAUUUCUGGAAACAACUUCUCUUGGAGCCUCCAUUGGAAUGGGAAGGAGUUCAAGGCGUGGCACAGUGACACAGAGACCCCUCUCAAAGCUGGCUUUUUCCGGAGGCUGGGGAUCUAUGUCAACUUCCCAGGAGGGACCCUUUCCUUCUAUGGUGUAGAGUAUGAUGCCAUGACUCUGAUUCACAAGUUUGACUGCAAGUUUUCAGAACCAGUCUAUGCUGCCUUCUGGCUUUCCAAGAAGGAAAAUGCCAUUCGGAUUGUAGAUCUGGGUGAGGAACCCAAGAAGCCAGCACCGUCCUCGGUGGAGGCUGCUCCUUAGACUCCAGGAUCCAUAUCCCAGACCUUUGCUAACCACAACGAUGGGCUGCAGCUUGCAUCUUAAGGGUGACUUGGGGGCAGAUGUUUCUCCCAGUGGUAGCUGGCUUUAGAAAUCAUGUGGGUCUGCGAGUGAGGAGAAAGUUCCCCGGCUGCUCUCUUGUGCUUCAUGCAGGUGCUGUUCUCUAUAUAUUUCUAAUCAUGCUUAGGUGCCAGUCUCCCUCAUCAUCACAGGUGAAUGUCACACUGUGGUAGUUUCCCAGGGGGGAGGGGGAAAUCUGGUAUGCACAGGGAUGGGGAAUAGGUCUAUGUCCAGGACUUACCCCACAGAUGUAGUUUGUUUAAGCAAGAAAACUCAAAGCUCAUAUAAAAGUAACCAUUUAAGUGUCUCCUUACCUGUCUUGACCUUCACUUCCCUGUGAGAUAUUUUUGUCUAUUAGUUUUUAGGUUCAAGACUUUUCUUCCUGUUAUAAAAGAUCAAAGCAAAAUUAAGAAUGAAGUAAUGCCCUCUUUUCUAAGAGCAGGACCUAUGCCACUUAAGAUAGCCCCUCCAUUGUGUGAAAGUUAGGC